CGGCGGGGAGGGGGCGGUGCGGGCGAGAGGUGGCCGAGCGCCCAGGCCUGCGCGCGGGUCCUCCAGCGUCCAGCCGCCGCGAUAUCCCCAGCCGCACCAUGGCCCUGAAGGCCGAAGGCGCCGCAGUCGACUGCUUCGAGGUGACACUCAAAUGCGAGGAAGGGGAGGACGAGGAGGAGGCCGUGGUGGUGGCCGUAAUUCCGCGGCCCGAGCCGAUGCUCAGAGUGGCCCACCAGGAGAAGACCCCGCCGCGGAGGCCCAGCUUGCUGGAGGCGGGCGGCAGCAGCUGCGAGGAGCCCCGGCAACAGGUGUCCUGGGAGCAGGAGUUCCUAGUGGGCAGCAGCCCAGGAGGCAGCGGGCGGACGCUGUGCAUGGUGUGCGGGGCGGAGAUCCUGUUCCCCUCCGCCGACACGGCGCGUGCGCACAUCCUGGAGCAGCAUCCGCACACCCUGGACCUGAGCCCUUCUGAGAAGAGCAACAUCCUGGAGGCCUGGAGUGAGGGGGUGGCCCUUCUGCAAGAUGUCAGAGCUGAGCAGGCAUCCCCACCCAACUCAGACUCGGCCCAGGAUGCCGGUGCAGACCCUGACGCUGCCCCAGACGCUGACACGACGCCAGCAGAGAUUGUGGUUCUCCUUGACUCUGAGGACAACACCUCCCGCCCGAGAAGGACCCGGCCCAGGGGCCUCCGCCCCCUUGAGCUUCCUGCUUCCCCUCCCACCGAGCCAGUAAAUAAGAAGCCCCGUGGUCAGAGAUGGAGGGAGACCCCUGAGGACGAGCCAGUCAGAAAGAAAAGAAGCAGAUCCAUGACCAAAAACCUGGACCUGGACCCAGACCCGGACCCGGACCCUGACCCAGACUCCCCGUCACCUGAGUCGCCCACGGAGGCGUUCGCCGCUCCCCCCGAGGUCCGACACUUCACCGACGGCACCUUCCCUCCUGGCUUCGUCCUCCAGCUGUUUUCCCACACCCAGCCGAGGACCGUAGACGGCGCUGGCGCGCCCAAAGAGGGGACAGCGGCCGAGGGCGGCCUUCCGCAGCCGAAAAGCCCCUCUCCAGGUCCGCCUCCGGGGCUUCGCGGGACGCUGGACCUGCAGGUCAUCCGCGUGAUGGAGGAGCCCCCGGCAGUCAGCCCGCUGCAGGACUGGUCCAGGCGUCCCCCGGGGACCAAGGGUGCGGGAGCAGGUGACACCCCGGCCCGGCCCGCGGCCUGUCGGAACCCAGCACCACUGUUCCGCGGCCACAAGAAGCGGGGGCGGUGCGUAGGUUCCUCAUUCCAGGGGGAGAGGGGCGGAGCCAGCGGUGUCCCCUCGUGGCUUCUCAGAGCUGCCCGCUGUGCCACCUGAUGAGGAGUAGAACCGGGUGCCAAGGCAGGAUGGAGGCGAGGAAGGGGGCACAGAAACACGUCUGCCCGGCGAGCUGGGCGAGGGUGGCUGAGGCCGGGGUGUGGUAGGGCACUGGGCCUGGGGAGAACACCCGCCCCACCCUUCGCUGACUCGGACCGCCCUGUCCCCCGACCUUUUCCCACCCCACCCCCCAGCCCUCCACCAUUCUCCCGUGGCACAGUGCCUUACACGAGAAGGAGGUGGUCGCCAUGGGGUUUGAGCUGAGUCCCACUACCUCGGGGGACACCUCUCCUCCCCCACCUGUUCAGGCUCCCGGACCAGGAGGCCUCCAUUACCUCCUCCCGCCCCACCCCUGCAGGAGGCCCGACAGACCACCUGGGGGCUUCACCCCCCUCACACACACACUCCUUCCUCCCUGUUUCCCUGUUGUAUAUAUCUCCUUUGUUGACAAUAAAUUAUUUUUUUUUAUUAAGACA